AUGAUGGUGGAGAGUGGAAAUAGAUUCUUUUUUACAACCCUCAGGGACUGUUUCGUAUUUUUUGAUUGGUUGUACACUGAACCGGAGGGGAAGAAAACGCACGAGGACGUGGCCAAGAAACUUUAUGGGCUUCUUAGAGACUAUUACGAUGGUAGUGAACUUACGGAAGGUAAAAUUAAAUCCAAUUUGACCAACUUCCUCUCCAAAGUAGACACCUUUUAUAAAAAAAUGGUAUCUCAACACGUUCCUGAAGAAGCACUCGGAACAGCCGCCCCAAUUAAAAAGGGUGCCACACCGGAAGAAAUUGUCUACGCUCUCUUGGAGUGUCUCCCCAAGUUCCUCGCAGCGAUCUACUAUCUUUGGUAUUGCGUGUCUUAUACGUUCGAGUCACUUGGAGGCGGGGGGUGGAAGGGUAAUUACCCUGGGUGGGAAAAUGAUCGAUGGUGGGGUUUAAGGUAUAAUUGGGGCGGUGACCUGCAGGAUUACCUUAGAGCGCAGAAACGCGACGCUGAUCGCUACGGUGGCCUCAUACCGGGCGGCUUCAAUAGAUAUGAGGUGAGAGAUGGUUGGUCUUACAAUGGUUACUCCCACGGUUAUUCCAUGGUAACUGACCUUAAAACUAUUUUUGAAAAAAAUGAUGACACAGCGAAAAACCUUUUUCGCGACGUAUUCGCCACUUCGGUGCUAACUACCACUUCUGGCACCCAAAUUUCUAACACUGCGAACGCUCUUGCAUUGGUGAACCUGUUUUGCGAGAUUGUUGUUGAUGAGGAUGAGAAUGGAAAUGGUGACGAGUUUAAAACGCAUGUACAAUUAAAAAACGGAUGCGUACAUUGGGACUUUUUGAAACAUCAUUGCUCCACACUGAAAUCCCAACUUGGCAAGAUUUUCAAUGAUAAAGCCUUUUCCUUCACCGGCUACGGACGGAAACGUGGAGAGCUUAACCAGGAAAAGUUUGCAGAAAAGACGGCAGAUUGGUUGAGAAGCAAUUUGGAAAAGGUGCGGAAGAAUUUGGAGCAUAUUAAAUCUUUUGAAAGUGAACAUGAUUACUAUGCACAUGAAUUCAGCACAUUUAGGAAACAUCACACCAUGCUCCAGGAAUAUUACGCCGCGCUCGGUCCAUAUUUCACUAAAAAUCUUUUCCCCUACGGUUUCACUUUCUACGGGGGAAAAGAACACUUUAAGACAAAUGCUCCUUUUGAGGAUUUUAGAGCGGAGUGGGAUGGUGUAAUCUUUGAGCUUAGAAGAAAAAAUGGCGGCUUGGCAGAGUUAAAAAGCAUUAUGGAUGGCAAGGGGUGUCGAGCACCGCGUCCACCUCCAAAGCCGCGCCCCAGGCCGGCGCCUGCGCCAAGGCCCCCAAGGCCUGCCAGACCUGCACCUCCACCCCGGCCUUCCAGGGCUUAUGCCGGAAGGACAACCGGUCCAAGGAGUCUCGGAGAUUGGUCGUCUGUUGGGACUCAUGAUUCUGGUGCUAGAGGAGGAGGCGCAAGAGGGACGGGGACUAACCAUAGAGGAGGGGGAUCGGGGGCUCAGGGAAGUAGAGGACGAGGCGCAGGGCCUGGAGGUACUUCAGGUGCUAAGAGCACACAGAAGACAAGAGCUCCAGGGCGUCCGAUGUCUAGUAACCCCCAACCCUUACAAUCUCAAAAUGAUUCCCAGCGUCAUUCCCAACAACAAACUCCAGCUCCUGCCCCCAGUCCUCCUAGAGUCCCUGAUCCACCGGCUAAACAACUUCCGACUCCAGCACGCCUUACGUCUCAAGCCCCUGCGCCUGCUCACUCAAGUGCGUCCAGCUCCAGCUCUUCGUCAUCUAGUGUCAAUGGUACCGGUGGUCCGGGACUGGGCCCACAGGCGGCUGCUUAUGGACAUAGUCAACAAAGUGUUGAAAGAUCCAUGGGCAGCACGUUGACCCUUCCUCAUGCAUCGUCUGUUCUUGACCCUGAUAAGCAGAGAGGUCCCUCUCAAGGCAGUAUGCAACCUGGGACUUCGGAUCCUUUAAGUUCAGGUUCUACGCAUUCUGGUGGCGUGGCAUCUGCCCGUCAUUCUCCAAAACUUAUUCCAGUCUCCCAGGAAAAUAAAGACGUCGGUAUGGGGAUCGUCGGCCAGCCAUCCCAUACCCUGCCUUCUAGUCCAGGCGCUGGUGAAGGUUCAGGAGCAGGUGGGGUGCCAAGCACUGGUGGGCAUUCAGCGGACAGUAUUACCAGAACCGCUGUGCCUGUUGCAUCUCUAAGCAUUGAUCUUCCUCAGACUUCAAGUGAUCCAGGUCAAAACUCUCUGUCGCAUGGCGCCGCUGGUGAAGCUGAUCUAGGCAGUCCAGGGUCUUCUUUGCCACAGGUUAAGUCAAGUCAUGAUGGAGCCCCGGGACCCGUUGAUACGCCGGUUGACCUGAUUCCGGAUCCAGACAGCAAGGCGUCUCAGACAAUACAUCCCGGGCUCUCUUCAAAUGCUAGGCAGGCUCAGAAUUCAAAUGUUCAAAACCCAGAUCCCCUGUCAUCCCGUGACCAUCAUGAUACUGCUCAGGAUCCGAAAGGCCAGACGCAUUCUUCUACUCAAGAUAUUUCUCGUCAAUCCUCGGACGUUGGAAGUGCCCAUCAAGGCACCUCCGUCGUCGAAAAUCAGCUAUCCGCCGCAAAUCGUGCCGGUCCAGGUGGCGAUGAUGCCAUUGGAGGGGGUGGUGUGGCGGCAGGGGGUACAGAAGGCGAUUUACAUGUCAACGUUCAUUCUGGUAAAUCUUCUAAGGCCUCUCAACCUUCUAUGCAGCAUCCCACUCCAACUCAUUCAGACCAAGACCCUCCAUCUGAUAUCCCUGGUCCACCGGGUGGUUUGAGCGUUACUGUUCAGUCGUCUUCUCAGGUAAAUCCUCAAAGCCACACGGGCGAUGCAAGCGACAAUGUCCAAGCAUCCAUUCCACAGCCUCUCGGCCCAGAUCCUCCCGGUGAUUCUGAUGAUACGGUUACAAGAGCUCAACAAAUUGUUCCAACUCGGGAUAAUGGACCUCUAAGCCAUCCAGGCACGAUGCUGCCUGUUCCUCAGCCUCCACCCCCACCUUCUGCUCCUCCCACAACCAAAGCUGCAGAGCCUGGAGGGUUGCCGAGCACUCUACAUGGACUCAUGAAGUCUCAAGAUUUGCAAGAUCCACCAGUUAUGCAGACUCCGGAUCCUAGCUUGAUUGGCGACAGGGACCCUGCAGGGCCUCUGAAUCAACCGACAUCCUCCAGUCCUACUACAGCACAUGGCCACCCUGGUAAGUCAGGAAGCGGGGCUCCGGAUCCAAUGUCAGGUAUACUUCAGACUCCACAGCCUGAUGACAUUCACGGCGCUAUGCUCACUCAGCCUUCAAGUGUGUCAGGCUCACGGCCUUCGUUAACUGCUGUAUCUCCUUCAGGUGGUGGUAAGGACCCGGAUGUCCAGGCGUCUUUGUCGGAUCCUGAUCUGCCACAUGCUACACUAUCCAUGGCCAUCCCAGGAGCCCUACCUGCUACCUCCCCAGUUCCGCAACCUGGUCAAAAGAUGGGCGGUGAUGCAGGGAGUGGGAGUCCAGGGGCGACCAUCAGUGACCCUCAUUCGCAAAACGGGCAGACGAUCGAUAACAAUUUUCGUUCUUCUGGCGCAUCUAUGAAUUCAGGCAGCGAUACGUCGGAUCAACUGCCACCUCAGACGUCAAUACCGGAUCCGGCUGAAUUUCAACUUGAGAUUGAGAAGCUUUACACUCCGGAGAUAAUUUACGGCGCUGACAAGAUUCAAGCGGAGCGACUGCCCGAGGUUGGAUAUAAGAGGAUUGUGCCACCGUCCGAUGCUUAUUCUAAUAUACCUUCGCACCCCCCGUUGCAUGAAACAUUUUCUCCAGAAAGCCUUGAGUUCUCAACCGAAGACUUAUGUCUUCCUCCCUGGAUCGCCAAUACACAUAACUACAACAUGCAAUACUUCCCCGACACCGAGUUGUUCCCCUCCCAGGCGCCGUGCACUGUCAGGGAUAUGCUUAUUUGGGUGGUCGGACUUCAGAACCCAAAGCAUAUUGACAUUAUGAAACGAUGUAUUGAGAAGGUUUUCAGGAGCAUGACAGAUGUCAUACACGGAGAGGUUAAGCUCUCCGUCAACGGAUCUCACAUCGCCGCCAAACAGGUGCUUCACAUCCUAAAACUUGCCGCCAUGUUCGCAGCUUCAGUGCUAUCCACUAUAGAACCUGCCUGGAAAGGUAACGCCACGUUGUCCGCAACAUUAAAACCUAAGGUCUCUGACCAAGCCAAGGACCCUGAUUGCUGCGCCCUCCUCUGCCAGCUGCGGGACUACGCCUAUGCCUGCCACUACCAGUUGCAGUUUUUAAGGUCGCAAUGUUCUCGGGAUCAAUCACAUGGUGGUUGGCAGGAUUGUCAAUAUAGCCACAAGGUCCACGAUUCCCCCCUCCAGGCCUUUUUGACUGACAAACAGGACUGCGCCUUCGAGACUUACCUCUUCGACCCGUGCAACAUCUGCCGCAAGAGCCGCGUCAACAUGGGAUUCAAGCAGGAUGAUUUGCCUGCAACUCGCGAAACUGGCAACGUCAUUCUCACAAUCCUCUCUCCUAGCUGCGGAGGUGAGGAUCCCUUGCCGACGCUAUGCUCUUACCUCACCUGCCUCACCAGGCGAACGCCGCGCACCACCGGGGAGCUGGUCUCCUUCUUCCACAAUUUCGGGAAUUCGCUUCAUGAUGCGGCUUCACAGUUGUCUCCACUGGGCUCCGCCCUCUCCAGUCCACAUUACGGCUGCCCCGAGUGGGACCGCCUUGGUGCCGAAGACCUACAAGCCGUCAAGGACAUCCGAGGCUCCGCCCCUCCCAACUCCAACCACCACAAGGACCAUCCCAAGACCCUGUCCACGCUGCUUGGUUGUGGCAUCGAUAAUGUGAACUGCCCACAGCAUAUGAAGCCCAUCACCUACCGGGCCUACGCCCUGUACUCUUCCACCUACGUCCACCACUACCUCAGCUGGGCGGUGUACCUAGCCGACAGACUGUGGGAGUCACUGGACAGACUGAGUAGAGACAUGAAGGAGCACGCUAGUACCAAGGCCAAGCCUCUCCACCAGUGUGGCAAGGUCCUGCCCCUCCUCUACACUCACGGGUUCACGCCGCCGGAGGGUAUGCCAUCAUCACAACUCACGUGUUCCGAGGUCAUCGUCAAGCUGGAAGCAGUGUUGUCCGGUGGGCCUAUCGCAAGCCUCAUGACCGCCAUGGACGCUUUCCUCUACGGAGUCCGGAGGCACUUCCUCUACAGCUUGCUCAUACUGUGGUCUAUCGCAACGGUCUUCUUCACCUACACGACGCUAUACCGCAUCGACUUCCUGCGCAUAUGUUCUCACUUAGUGCGCUCCAAGGCUUCACACCUAAUCGAUGUCAAGGCCUUACUCACGAAAGGCCGGAAGAUGCUCUCACUCUACCACGACGUCGACUACUUCGACGAUGCUGUGGGCUAA